CCAGUGCUGCGGCAUCCCUGCCGAGCAUCUGCACCCGCGGCCGGCCCGCCGCGCAAAUCCUGCCAGCAGCUCAGUGGCUGCCCCAGCGCCAGGCACGACCAGAUCUAGCCCGCAGCGCAGAUCUGUCCAGUCGGCGGCAACCCGCACCGAGCAGACAUGCUGCGGCUCGGGGGCACUCUGCUGUGCCUGCUGCUGGCGGUGGCGGUCCCCACAGCCCCGGCGCCGGCUUCCACCACCACUUCGCCCCGGGUGGAGCCGGGCCCCGCUCUCAGCUACCCGCAGGAGGAGGCUACCCUCAAUGAGAUGUUCCGCGAGGUGGAGGAACUGAUGGAGGACACUCAGCACAAACUGCGCAGCGCAGUGGAGGAGAUGGAGGCAGAAGAAGCAGCUGCUAAGACAUCGGAAGUGAACCUGGCAAGCCUACCUCUCAGCUACCACAACGAGACCAACACAGAUACCAAGGUUGGGAAUAACACCAUCCACAUGCACCGAGAAAUUCACAAGGUCACCAACAACCAGACUGGACAGAUGGUCUUUUCUGAGACAGUCAUCACAUCUGUUGGGGCUGAAGACAGCAAAAGGAGUCACGAGUGCAUCAUUGAUGAGGACUGCGGACCCACCAAGUACUGCCAGUUUGAAAGCUUCCAGUACACCUGCCAGCCAUGCCGGGACCAGCAGAUGCUCUGCACCCGGGACAGUGAGUGCUGUGGAGAUCAGCUAUGUGUGUGGGGUCACUGCACCAAAAAGGCCACCAGAGGUGGCAACGGGACCAUCUGUGACAACCAGAGGGACUGCCAGCCGGGGCUGUGCUGUGCCUUCCAGAGAGGCCUGCUAUUUCCUGUGUGCACACCCCUACCUGUGGAGGGUGAGCUCUGCCAUGACCCUGCCAGCCGGCUGUUGGACCUCAUAACCUGGGAGCUGGAGCCUGAGGGCGCUUUGGAUCGAUGCCCCUGCACCAGUGGUCUCCUCUGCCAGCCGCACAGCCACAGUCUGGUGUACGUGUGUAAGCCAGCCUUCGUGGGCAGCCAUGAUCAAGAUGAGAGCCUGCUGCCCAGGGAUGCCCCUGAUGAGUAUGGUGGUUUCAUGGAGGAGGUGCGCCAGGAACUGGAGGACCUGGAGCGGAACCUGGCUCAGGAAAUGGCAUUCGAGGAGCCCGCCCCUGCAGAGCUGCUGGGUGGAGAAGAGAUUUAGAUCCAGUGCCAGUGGAGCUACUGUUAGACGUGCAAUAGAAAUGGCUAAUUUAUUUCCCUAGGAGUGUCCCCAAGGUGUGGGCUGGCCAGGUGUUCCCCGUGCCUGGCCUUCCCAGUAACUUUUCCCUCUGGCUUAACAAGGUGCAGUGCUAGUGCAUUUGUCCCGCUGCCCCAGCUGCACUGCAUGACCCACCCCUCUGGUGGUGGGGAAAGAUGGGCAUGGCGGGUGAGGGCCCGUUGACCCUUUUGCCUCCAAGGUCGGCAGACAUUCUGUUUUGUUGCACAUGGGUUGGAGAGUUACUUACGGGAGGGAAUGGAAAGAGAUGGAGUCUGCCCUUGAUGGCUUUGGGGGGCAUGUGAAGGAGGGAGGGUGCCUGCUUUGCAAAUAUCAACCUGGCAAAAUGCAGCCAUUGACCUUGUCAUGCAGUUCUUCCUAUGGGCAGAGGCAGCAGCUGAAGAGGAAGUUUGCUGCUCAAGUGUCCUCUUAUGCAUUUCUCUUAGCUCCUACCUCGCUGUCAGCACAGCCCUUUGUAACCCAUCCCUCCACUUGCUACAGCCCGGGAGGGGACUCCUGGAGUUUUUGAGACUACAAGCUACUUGCCGGUCACACAGCUAAAUGAAGACCAGGGUCGGUUUCACUCAUGUGUGGCUCCAAGCUCAGUGUUUCCUGCUCACCACACACCAGCCUCCAUGCUCCCAAAACGGAGGGAGUAAAAUAUUUUGUUUUCCUUUUGAGGCAUGCCUGAAAGUGAGGUGGAGCUAGUUUGCAUGUCCCUCUGUUAGAAGUAGCAGUGUGGGGUGACCAUCACUUUAGUGGAGACUAGUGAUGUGGACACUGUCCUUUGCCAUUUGCUUCAGUAACUUUGAAGGUCAGUAAUUGGGGCAUCAUCUAUAAAUUAACUUGCAAGAAAGAUACUUGAGUAAUUGUAAGAUCAGGACUGUAAGUGAAAUUUGCAAAAUUAUUUAGCAGCAACUGAACACAGAAAGCAAAACCAAGCCAGGCUCUGAAUACGGCUGUAAUGUUCCAACUGAGAGCUCCGAGCAGGAUGUUGUUCAAUGGCUGAUAUUUCCAGGAACUGUUCCACCAUGUAUUCAGAGUUAUUAAAAAAGUUGCAUACAA